UCUUAUUUAGUCUUUAGUCAUUAGUCUUUACUAGUACUACUACUACAGUACUACUACUUCAUAGUAGCACAGUUCACACACAAACAAACCCACUUUUAAUUCAAAAGCUCAUAUUUUUCAAUUCAUUUUCUUUUCCUUCCUCCAACUCCCCCCUUCUUGUCUUUUUCUCUUUUUCUUUUUUUCCACCUUCUGCAUUUUCCUGUCAAAACCCUAGAUUUCAUUUCAAAUCUAGGGUUUUGUUUCUCUUGGGUGGUUGAGGCAUGAUCCAGGAACUGCAAGGUUGUUGACCUUCAGUGUCUAUAAAAAAUUUUUGUUGGGUUCUUAGAUUUUCACCAUUUCAAGAAAAACCCUUGUAAAACCCUUAAUUUAGAAUCUCCCUGUGUUUCUAAUUUGAAGAUUUUUAGGGUAGAAGGGGAUCUGUGUCAUUUAUUUUUCAUUCUUUUUUUGGGGGUAAAGAUUCAAAAUUUAUGUUGUGUUUGAUUAGCUUUUCACCAUUCCUAGAAAAACCCUUGCAAAACCCCUUUUUUUUUUGUUUUUUGAAAGCUCCGUUUCUGGUUGAACUUUUGGUGAUGAUUUUAGAAUUUCUAGUCUAGUUAAGGGAUCCAGGUUUAAAGGGUAUAAAGUUAAAAUCUUUAGGCUCCAAAAUAUUUAAGUUUUUGAGUAACAAAUCAAUCAGUAAAUGCAUGGAUGGGAGGGAAGCCAUGGCAUUGUCUAGUGGGUCAGCUUCAUAUUACAUGCAUAGAGGUGGAGUUAGUGGGUCUGGAGCACAGUCUGGGAUGAUACAUGUACCACCUGGGUUCAGACCCUUGCACAAUCAGGGUAUUCCAGCUCAGUCCAAUGUCAGGGUCAGCUCGGUUGGACCAACAUUUUCAGUAGAGCCACCACAUCCCAAUUUCACUCAUGGUAUUAACAUGGGAGUGUCUCCUGGUGUUCCAUCUGGUGAGCCUAUAAAGAAGAAGAGAGGAAGGCCCAGGAAAUAUGGUCCUGAUGGCCCAGUUUCUCUUCAGUUGUCUCCUAUGUCUGCUGCUCCUAAUGCUACACCCGGAUCAAACUCAUCAUCCCAAAAGCGGGCCAGAGGGCGGCCACCUGGGACUGGCAGGAAGCAGAAAUUAGCUGAUCUUGGUGAAUGGAUGAACAAUUCAGCUGGAAUGGCUUUUUCACCACAUGUUAUCACCAUUGGAGUAGGGGAGGACAUUGUUGCAAAAAUACUGUCAUUUUCACAACAGAGACCAAGGGCUCUGUGCAUCUUGUCAGGCACUGGUACAGUUUCUUCAGUAACACUACGGCAACCUGCAUCUACGGGUGUCAGUGUCACAUAUGAGGGCCGUUUCCAGAUAUUAUGCUUGUCUGGUUCCUACUUGGUUGCUGAAGAUGGUGGCCCACGUAAUCGUACCGGUGGCGUAAGUGCUUCCCUUUCAAGUGCUGAUGGUCAUGUUAUUGGUGGUGGUAUUGCAAUGCUUAUUGCAUCUAGCCCAGUUCAGGUGGUAGUGUGCAGUUUUGUAUAUGGCGGUUCUAAAACCAAGCCCAAACAAUUGGCCUUGGCUGGUGCCAUAGGUAACGAGGGUUCUGAGGCUCAGCGUAGUGAUAAGUUAGCUACACCAACUAGUGCACCGUCUUCUCAAAAUUACAAUCCCUCAGGGAUAAACGUUUGGCAUGGUUCACGGCAAGCUGAAUUGAGAAACAACCCCCACACCGGUAUUGACUUGACGCGUGGAUGAAAGUUUGCUGCAACAGACACAUGACAAUUUUGUAUAUAUGUGUUGUUGUAUAUGAACUUGAUGAUUCUGAGAGAAUUGUAACUUUUACAACUCCAGCUUGUUUGCCCAAUGACGGGUGACGGGUUUGUGCUAACAUGUUCUGUAACAAAGCCAUCAUUUCUAGAUUCUCAUGUUCUGUAACAAAGCCAUCCUUUCAAGAUUCUCACAAAACGAUCUUACUGAAAAGUUCAUAAUUUUAAGUGUUA